UGGCCGAGCUUUUGCCUCCUGCGUUUCUGGCGCCUGCUGUCCCUAAACCCUGCCCGCCUGACUGCCACGCCCGCACCGCAGCUUUGGUAGCCCCAUGGCUGCAACCUGUGAGAUCAGCAACGUUUUCAGCAACUACUUCAGCACUAUGUACAGCCCCGAGGACCCCAUCCUGGCCUCUGUUCCCCCUGCUGCCUCCUUUGGGGCCGAUGACCUCAUGCUGUCCCUGAGCAAUCCCCAGAUGCCGCUGGAGGGCCCAGAGAAGGCCAGCUGGUUGAGGGAGCAGCCCCAGUUCUGGUCAAAGGCCCAGGUUCUGGACUGGAUCAGCUAUCAGGUGGAGAAGCACAAGUUUGACGCGAGCACCAUCGACUUCUCGCGGUGUGACAUGGACGGGGCCACGCUCUGCAGCUGCGCCCCUGAGGAGCUGAGGCUGGUCUUCGGGCCUCUGGGCGACCAGCUCUAUUCCCAGCUGUGGGACCUCACCUCCAGCUUUCCCGACGAGCUCAGCUGGAUCAUUGACCUGCUGGAGCAGGACAGCUUGUCUUUCCAGGAGACGCUGGGGGACCCUGGCCCCUUCGACCAGGGAAGCCCCUUCAGCCAGGAGAUGCUGGAGGACGGCCGGCAGUCCAGCCCCUACAACCCGGGCAGCUAUGGUGCUGGGGCCCCGUCCCCGGGCAGCUCUGACGUCUCCACCGUCUCUAGUGUCUCCACCGCAGGGACUGGUGCUUCUCUGGGCUCCCACUCCUUGGACUCGGGGGGAAGCGACGUGGACCUUGACCCCACCGACAGCAAGCUGUUCUCCAGGCCUGGCUUCCCCGACUACAAGAAGGGGGACCCGAAGCACGGGAAGCGGAAGCGGGGCCGGCCCCGGAAGCUGAGCAGGGAGUCCCGGGACGGCCUGGAGAGCAGGAAGAGCAAGCACGCCCCCAGAGGCACCCACCUGUGGGAGUUCAUCCGGGACAUACUGAUCUACCCGGAGCUGAACGAGGGCCUGCUGAAGUGGGAGAACCGGCAGGAGGGCGUGUUCAAGUUCCUGCGCUCCGAGGCCGUGGCCCAGCUGUGGGGCCAGAAGAAGAAGAACAGCAGCAUGACCUACGAGAAGCUGAGCAGGGCCAUGAGGUACUAUUACAAACGGGAGAUCCUGGAGCGGGUGGACGGUCGGCGGCUCGUCUACAAGUUCGGCAAAAACUCCAGCGGCUGGAAGGAGGAAGAGGUGGUCGGAAGUCGGAACUGAGGGUCUGAGUGGAUCUGGGACAGACGCGUGAACUUGAGGCCGGUGGCCCCUGUCGGAGGACUGCUGUUCUGUGGAGGCAGCGGAGGCCCUGGGGUCUCCUCGGCCGCCGCCUUGUGGAAUUACAAGCCUGGAGUUUGAAGUGACUUGUUUGCUGACGAUGCCCCAAGGGUGGCUCCUGUGGGGCCUCCUGACGCCCAAUCCAGACCCCAGCUGCAAACGCCGUCUUCCUCCCGCAGGUGCCUGCACGGAGGCCGGGAGGCCGGGGGAGGCCCG